CGUGUGCCAUCCGCGGUUCCCACAAAGGGUCCCUUUACGCGCUACAAAUUAAUUAAAUAUCAAAAGUUGAUUUUAAAUUGUGCCAAAAGUCACGACUGAUGUUGAAACGUUUCAAACAUUUCGAAUAAGGUUGUUUACGGCUGAAAACUCGAUACAGAAUGUAUCUACGGGUGUGUAUCCUGAUUUUUACAUUCAUCGUUAUCACGGAAGCGACAUUUUACGAUGACGAUUACGACAGCUACACCAAGGCUUACGACUACAAAAGUGCAGAGAGCCGCACUUGCACGUCCUCCGAGUUCCGUUGCAAAACUGGAAGAUGCAUACCAUUAUCGUGGAAAUGUGACAACGAAAAAGAUUGUUCGGAUAGUUCUGACGAGGACCCUACCGUCUGCAAAGUGGAAGCUUGCGGCCCGGAGGAGUUCACGUGCAGGGGAAAGCCUGGUGAAUGUGUCCCACUCACUUGGAUGUGCGACGACAAUCCCGAUUGCUCCGAUGGAUCAGAUGAAAAAGCAUGCAACGAGACUUGUCGUUCCGAUGAGUUCACCUGUGGGAAUGGGAAGUGCAUUCAAAUGCGAUGGGUGUGCGAUGGUGACGACGAUUGCGGCGAUGACAGCGACGAAGUGAAAUGUCCAACCCCAACUUGCCAGCCGCAGUCGCACUUCUCAUGUACAGAUGGUCAGUGUAUAUCAGCGUGGUGGCACUGUGAUGGUGACGUCGACUGUGCCGAUGGAAGCGAUGAAGUGGGAUGCGUCUCCACACCUAAAGUCAGAUCUCCGUGUAUUUCUACCGAGUUCGAAUGCAACGAUCGCAUAACCUGUGUGCACCGGGCCUGGGUCUGUGACGGUGACCACGAUUGUCCCGAUGGUGGUGACGAAGCUCUUGAACUAUGUCGGGGCAAUGUCACUUGCAGACUAGAUCAAUUCCAAUGCAAGGACCAUAGCUGUAUUCCGGGAGCCCUCUAUUGUAACGGGCUUAAGGACUGCCCUGAUGGCAGCGAUGAGUACAACUGCACCCGACAAAAAACUAUUUGCGACAAAAGAACAGAAUUUGACUGCGGAGGCGGUAUGUGCAUCCCAUUGUCCAAAGUUUGUGAUAAACAUGUGGACUGCCCCAACUUUGAGGACGAGCCAAGAGACAGAUGCGGUGAGAACGAAUGUGAGAAGAACAACGGUGGAUGCUCUCAACGUUGUGUGGAUACACCAAUUGGAUACUAUUGUGAUUGUGAAAAGGGCUACAAGCUUAUCGACAACAGGACUUGUGAAGAUAUAGACGAAUGCGCGGACCCUGGAUCUUGCUCACAAAUAUGCAUUAACGAAAAAGGCACCUUCAAAUGCGAAUGUCAUACCGGCUACGCCAGAGACCCUCGUGACAGAACCAGGUGCAAAGCAACGGAGGGGCACCCAUCAUUACUGUUCGCAAGAAAACACGACAUUCGUAAGAUAAGCCUGGACCAUCAUGAAAUGGUGGCGAUUGUGAACGACACCAAAUCAGCAACGGCACUCGACUAUGUCUUCAGAACCGGAAUGAUCUUUUGGAGCGAUGUCAAUGACGAGAAGAUUUACAAAGCACCAAUUGAUGAAGGCACUCAACGUACAGUCGUCAUCGGUGAACAGCUGAUUACAUCCGACGGCCUCGCAGUCGACUGGGUCUAUAAUCAUCUGUAUUGGACCGACACCGGGCACAACCACAUCGAGCUCUCCGAUUUACAAGGGAACAUGAGAAAAAUACUGAUCAGAGAUCGCCUGGAAGAACCACGUGCAAUUGCACUGAAUCCUUUAGAAGGUUGGAUGUUCUGGACCGACUGGGGUCAAGUGCCGAAGAUCGAACGUGCUGGCAUGGACGGUUCACAUCGGAGCACCAUUGUGUCUUACGACGUAAAAUGGCCCAACGGUCUGACUCUGGACCUUGUACGCCAACGAGUUUACUGGGUGGAUGCGAAAAUGAAUACAAUCUCAUCGUGCAACUACGACGGGUCCGGGCGCCGGCUCAUUCUCCAUUCGACCGAAGUGUUGAGACACCCGUUCUCGAUAACCACAUUCGAAGACUGGGUCUACUGGACUGAUUGGGACAAGACAGCCGUGUACCGAGCGAAUAAAUUCAACGGUAAAGACGUGGAAGCAAUCACAUCUACACACACGCUCCAAAACCCGAUGGUGAUUCACGUGUAUCACCCGUACCGGCAACCCGAUGGUGUGAAUCACUGCGCUGCUGUCAACGGUCACUGCUCUCACCUGUGCCUGCCCGCCCCGAGGUUCGGUCCAAACUCACCUCGCGUAUCCUGCGCCUGUCCCAAUGGGCUAAAGCUCCUGCCUGAUGACCAGAUGUGCGUCGAAGACAGUAAGUACCAUUUCCUUCCGUUUUAUAAUAAUUUCAGGAGCAUCGGGGAUUAG